AUGUACGUUACUCUCGCCCCUCGUGACCACAUCCCACAGCUCCCUGGGGCCUCUCCCGGCCCUGCCCAACCCUCCACCACAGACAUGCCCCGGGUGUGGGAGAGAGGGAGAAAGAGGAAGGGAUUUGGGUGGAGUGGGCAGACGCAUAGUUGUGGCUGACUAAUUAAAAGCCAGCUAGCUUUGGUCACUAAAACCCUGAUGAAUGGGAGUGGUAUGCGUUUGGUGUUUUGUCUGGGUGUGUGUGAGAAUCUGUGUGUGUGUUCCUUUGGGUGUCAAUGACAGAUUUUGCUAUAUGAAAAAUUAACACUACAUUAUUUUAAAGAGGACUGCUUGUUUACUCGAUGCUGAUUGGUGCAGAUGUUUUAUUUUAUUUUAGAUUUGUAAAUUUUUGAUUUAUUUUUAGAGGGUAGAUCAGCUUUAAUAUUGCAGAUAGAUUGUAACUUCCAUCAAAGUAAUUGUCUGCAUCACUUCCAAUCCCUCAUAUUAUUUUUUCCCACGCAAAAAUAUAUAUAUAUAUAUAUAUAUAUAUACAUACAGUGGCUUGCGAAAGUAUUCACCCCCUUUGGCAUUUUUCCUAUUUUGUUGCCUUACAACCUGGAAUUAAAAUUGAUUUUCUGGGGGUUUGUAUCAUUUGAUUUACACAACAUGCCUACCACUUUGACGAUGCAAAAUAUUUUGGGGGGUGAAACAAACAAGAAAUAAGACAAAAAAACUGAACUUGAGUGUGCAUAAGUAUUCACACCCCCCCCCCCCCCCCCAAAGUCAAUACUUUGUAGAGCCACCUUUUGCAGCAAUUACAGCUGCAAGUCUAUUGGGGUAUGUCUCUAUAAGCUUGGCACAUCUAGCCACUGAGAUUUUUACCCAUUCUUCAAAACUGCUCCAGCUCCUUCAAGUUGGAUGGGUUUCGUUGGUGUACAGCAAUCUUUAAGUCAUACCACAGAUUCUCAAUUGGAUUGAGGUCUGGACUUUGACUAGGCCAUUCCAAGACAUUUAAAUGUUUCCCUUUAAACCACUCGAGUGUAGCUUUAGCAGUAUGCUUAGGGUCAUUGUCCUGCUGGAAGGUGAACUUCCGUCCCAGUCUCAAAUCUCUGGAAGACUGAAACAGGUUUCCCUCAAGAAUUUCCCUGUAUUUAGCACCAUCCUUCAAUUCUGACCAGUUUCCCAGUCCCUGCCGAUGAAAAACAUCCCAACAGCAUGAUGCUGCCACCACCAUGCUUCACUGUGGGGAUGGUGUUCUCGGGGUGAUGAGAGGUGUUGGGUUUGCGCCAGACAUACCGUUUUCCUUGAUGGCCAAAAAGCUCAAUUUUAGCUCAUCUGACCAGAGUACCUUCUUCCAUAUGUUUGGGGAGUCUCCCACAUGCCUUUAGGCGAACACCAAACGUGUUUACAAAUUUUUUUUCUUUAAGCAAUGGCUUUUUUCUGGCCACUCUUCCGUAAAGCCCAGCUCUGUGGAGUGUACGGCUUGAAGUGGUCCAAUGGACAGAUACUCCAAUCUCCGCUGUGGAGCUUUGCAGCUCCUUCAGGGUUAUCUUUGGUUUCUUUGUUGCCUCUGAUUAAUGCCCUCCUUGCCUGGUCCGUGAGUUUUGGUGGGAGGCCCUCUUUUGGCAGGUUUGUUGUGGUUCCAUAUUCUUUCCAUUUUUAAUAAUGGAUUUAAUGGUGCUCCGUGGGAUGUUCAAAGUUUCUGAUAUUUUUUUAUAACCCAACCCUGAUCUGGACUUCUCCACAACUUUGUCCCUGACCUGUUUGAAGCGCUCCUUGGUCUUCAUGGUGCCGCUUGCUUGGUGGUGCCCCUUGCUUAGUGGUGUUGCAGACUCUGGGGCCUUUCAGAACAGGUGUAUAUAUACUGAGAUCAUGUGACAGAUUAUGUGACACUUAGAUUGCACACAGGUGGACUUUAUUUAACUAAUUAUGUGACUUCUGAAGGUAAUUGGUUGCACCAUAUCUUAUUUAGGGGCUUCAUAGCGAAGGGGGUGAAUACAUAUGCACGCAUCACUUUUCCGUAAUUAAUUUUGUAGAAUUUUUUGAAACAAGUUAUUUUUUUCAUUUCACUUCACCAAUUUGAACUAUUUUGUGUAUGUCCAUUACAUGAAAUCCAAAUAAAAAUCCAUUUAAAUUACAGGUUGUAAUGCAACAAAAUAGGAAAAACGUAUCCUUUAAAAAAUAUAUUUUUCCCUUUAUUACUUUACAACCCCACCACCCCUCCCCUAAUUGGAGUAAACUAGUGAACAACAACGCUUAGGCCUCUUCUUCCAGAUUAUACAUACUACAUACAUUUUAUGGACACAGUCAAUUUUACAAUAAUUAUAUUUUGUUUAUUUUUACUCCUGAACUUCCUUUACCCUCAACCUCUCCGAUCAUUUUCAUGAUGUCCAUCCGGUUUGCUUCUAUAUGCCAUAUCUUUCUAACUGAGCUCUUUCACAAAAGCUCUCAACCUAUAACCUAUAUACUUAUUAUGGACACAGUAUGCUUUACAUUAGUUAUCUUGUUGUUAUUAGUUGUUGUUAGUUGUUAUUAGUCCCAUUCUUCAGCUCCAUUCAACACCUCCCAUCUAUCUCUUAACGCCACAUCCAUAUUGGAUUUCUAUUUGCCAUAUAUUUUUCAACUGUACUGUGAUGUUUCACAAAAGUUCUGAACCCUUCUAUUCUCAUUGUUUCUACAGAUUGUAAAUUGAAAAUAAACAUUUUUGCUAAAAGUAUUAUUAUAUUAUUGAUUGAUUGACUAUGACUUUUCAGAUCACCCAGUAGUGCUAUCUGCAGGGUUAGCUCCAGGUAAAUAUUGCAAUCCUUCAGCCAUUCCUGGACCUGUGACCAAAAACAAGCUGGUGCAGAUGGUUAGCGAAUGAGGAUGUCUAUGUAGCUCAUAGUGUAAGGGUCUCUUUCACAGCUCCCCAGUCCUGUGCCUCUGUGAUUAACUCUAUAAUGUUAACCCUCCCCCUACAGCAGUGGGUUAGGCUCAAUAUACUGGUGCUGCUUUCCUUGCUGUCACUCCUCUUGCCCCCACUCAUCCCUCUCUCGCUCUCUCUCCCUCUUCUUGGUAAGUAAGGGCUUAUGCGACAGACAGACAGUAUACUCAGGCAGCGAGGGCAGGAAGUGACCUCACAGUACUAGUCUUUAUUCAGGGUGAGCCGUCUGGGCUCUGCAGCUAACCUGGAUUUCCUCCCACGAACACGUGUCCCCGUAACACAUUCAAAGACACGCUGACACUGUAGGCUCACAAACAAACACAACCUUUCUAUUUCCAUCUCCCUACUACAAUCACACACAAACACACACACAUAAAGACAUGCAUGCACACACACUAGGCUUGGGCGGUAUCCAGAUUUUCAUACCAUCUGGGGUUGGAGAGUCGAUAGUCCAUGACCCUGGGUAGGGGUCCGGGGUCAGAGACGAAGCCUAACCAAGCAGAACAACACAACGUAAACAAGGCGGUGUGAAAUCCCCAGUGUGAAGACCCAGGCCCCACACAGCAUACUAAUUACACAGAUCACAGAGAGGCUGCCAACACCCUACUUCCACCAGGGGAUCAGCAGCACACACACACACACACACACACACCCAUUUGUCUCCUGUCCGUCCCUUUAACCCGCACAGACAGACAGGAAGAUUCCUUCUUCCUCAAUUAUUCCAAUCUGGGCUCGUUUUCAACACUCACGCUUCAUUACCUGGGAUCCGGCUGGUCACUGUAACCCCGCUGCCCCCUCACCCCUCCAUCUUCUCGCUCUCUUUCACUGUCUCACAUCCAACACACUCCCAUCUUGCACUCACUCUCACUGCCACUGACUGGCACCCUGGCAUGGGGCACUGUAUUGACACCAGGCAUAAAAAUGGGGUGGUCUGAAAAUAACUCUGAGUGUCUGUGUGGUGUUAGGUUUGCUCUUUUGUGUGUAUAAUGUUGUCCUUUGUGCGUUCAGCCUCAGCUUGUAAGUUGAUAAUGAUGAUAAAGCUGUUUUUAUAUUAGAAGCAGUAGUGGGGGAAAACAAUUGGUUGUUAGUGGGCAGACUUCAUCUCUGAAGCCCAAACACAUCACAGUUUAGAUAUAGUAUCUACUGUAGAUAUCAUACUUCAUCACACUCCUCAGAUAGACCUUAUCCCUGUUAGAAUGCCAGAGGAGAGCUUGAACAUGCUUUGCUGUGUGCGCGUGCAUUCGUUCAUUCGUGUGUACAUUUGUGUGUGUGGGUGUGUCCGUCUGGCGGUGGCACGGAGGGGGAUUAAUAGCAGAACUAGGUUGAACGUCUCAUUUUGGGAAAGCCCCGGAGGAGAAGGCUGUUAAUUUCCUCUCUAUAAAUAGGCUACAGUGAACCCGACUGGCAUGGAAGGGGAGCAGCACAGUUCCUGUACUACACAUGGGCUAGAUCCGCAGGUUCACCGGUGUAUGCUACGUAGUACUGUAGAAGAUAAGGACACACAUAGAGUAUACUACACAGUCAUACCCCCACAUAGGGGUGGCACUAUUACCGUAUAACCGAUGGUUAUGGAUGAAGACCGUCAUUAAAAUAACCAUCAUAACCGUUUUAUUUUCUCUUUUUUGGGGGGGCGAACAGCUGACUGAAGACAGGACGGCCGGACAUUUGUGAAGUCGAGUCCGUUUCUGCGUAACAUGGACAACAUGGACUCUUUACAACGUUAUGAAACUUUGUUGCUCCUUGCUGCAACAAGCAAGGUGUUGUAGCAAACAAGUCUUUGGUUGCCUAGGCAACACCCCCCCCCCCCCCUCCCUGCAGCAGCAGCACACAUAGAAAUAGAAUGAUUAGAAUGGGCUUGGAACCUUUAACCCUGCAUUGUUUUACAUCAGAUAGCGCUUCAAUUCAGUCUGCACUGAUCUGUCGCGUAUCUCGCAAAGGGUAAUGGGAUAGAUGAAAAGUAGUCUGGCUACAAUGGGCUGCCAUAACAUAAGAGCGGGAAUAUUUGUAUUUGUCAAACCGCAGUCAAGCAUCGAUCAUCAUGUCACCAGAAUAAGACCCUCGAUAUUUAUUGGAAAGGAGCAUCAAAGAUCACCGUUCAAUUUCACCACCCUGUGAAGUUCAUCAUAACUUAUUUCAUCUGUAACCUAAUAAACUGCAUGCUUUCCCGAGUCGUAGUGGGAGGACCACACAACAUAUCAUAGUGUAACUCCAAGUUUACUUUGAUUUGAUGGUUAUUAUAUCAGAAUUUGCACAUAAAGACGUUUCCACUACCAUUUACCGACAAUUUUGAAUAUGAGUUCCAUGUCUUACAAGACAGGAACAAGCGAGUUGGAGUAGUGACGCCAUUUGAUGUGAGACAAUGCUAACCCAGGAAAUUUGACUGGUAAACUCAUGGGUACACUCACAAUGGGUGCCUGGUAUUGUGAUCCAAUAAUUUCCUUGGUAAUGUAGAAUGUUCAUUCAAAUGAUAACUGACUCAUGCAAUGGAAUUUGUUUUUUGUGAUGUCAGUUGAGUUGAAUCCAAUAACAGCACACAUACAUGGUUAGACUUCCUGCUUUGGUCCUAUGGGUACACUCAAUUCCCUUUCCUCCCUGUCUCUAAACACACACAAAAACACUCUUAUACACACACUUUGACUACACAAACGGACAUAAAAUCACACAUAGACACACACACUGCUGCCUAAAAUUCCUUCUGUAGUGUUGUUCUGCUUUCCCCCUUUGAUCAGAAGCUUAUAGGAAGAUGAAGGUAUAUUGAUGCUUUGUUCACUUCAUGUCAGCAAUUCAGCUCUGCUCCUGCGUUUACCACUAUAGCAGUGUAUGCAUGCAUAUAUAUCACGUCUGGCCUAGGCAUCUUUAAUAGAAUAGAAUAAAACUUUAUUGUCCAUCCAGAAUGGACAUUUUUCUUUGGUAUCAUCUUACAUUAAAAGGAUCACAUACAUUCUCACAUCACACACAUUUUAAACAGUCCAUCAUACUGCACAUAGAGGACAUUGAUACAUUUACCCACAACUGACCGCUGCCCCAACUUAACUGUUACAAUAGAUAAAUAGAUGUGCAUAUACCGAUACAAUUUACGUUGCAUUUAGUCGUCCAACAGCACAAGGAACGAAUCAAUGUUUGAACACAUUCUUCUUAGCCAUGGGCAUUCUGAGGCGCAGGCCAGAGGGAAGCCUCUCCAACUGAGGGUGUAGCGGGUGGGAAGGGUCGCCAACGACAGCCAGCGCCUUCCUUUUGACUGCUCAGCUGUGCCUGUGGUCGACCAAUUACUUUGCUGGCUGUGUUUGCUAUUCUGGUUAGUUUGCUUUUGCUCCUCAGGCUCAGAUGACCAUACCAGACUGUCAUAUUGAACGUGAGGAUGCUCUCCACCAAGCUGCUCUACACCCUCUCCAGAACAUCCUGGCUGACCCCAAACCCCUUCAAUUUCCUGAUUUGAAAACAUGCGCUGGCUUGCUUAAAACAUUUUUUUCUCCAUUCUCUGUAAAGCUCAGCUUGUCAUCAAUUUGUGUCCUUAGGUAUUUUAAAUACUCAACCACCUCCACUGGUUGGUCGUUCAGAGAGAGUGGUUGGGACAUUGACAUGUUGUUGCCAUUGAUGAUCAGCUCCUUUGUCUUGUCCACAUUGAUGUGGCACAUGACCGGCACCAUUCUUGAAGGUUGUUGGCCCGCUAUGAAAUAGCUGUCCCCAUCGGACGUAGUGUCUUAAGAAAAGAGUCCCAUCAGAGCCAUGUCAUCCACGUACUUGAAAAGGCUCACAUUGUUUCCUUGGAUCUUCAUCUCGUUAGUGUAGAUAGAGAACAACAACGGUGAAAGGACACACCCCUGGGGCGCCCCUGUGUUCAGGGUCAGUUUAUCAGAGAGGGCCCCAUUCAUGAGAACCCUCUGUGGCUGGUCAGUUAAAAAGUCCUUGAUCCAACCUGCGAGGCCUCCGAUGACAUUCAGGUCCAGUAGUCGUUUCAGCAGUGUGUUUAUUUGCAUUGCAUUGAAAGCUGAACUAAAAUCAAUAUAUACAAUUUGUGCAUAUGAUUUUGCAUGUUGAAGGUGACUAGCUGUCAGAUUCACCAAGGUCAGGUUAGCAUCCUCAGUCCCCUCUUUAACAAUUUAAAUAUUCUUUAUCAGGCUCAAACAUGUUGCUCUGACAGUAUUCCAUAUGGAGAAAUCUAUUAGACUUUACAACCACUUUGGACGUUAAGAUAUGUCAUUGUUUUUGGAGAUGAUUGAAUUGAUAAUAAUGUAUUACUGUACUCUUGACCCAAAUGGCUGUAUUAAAACAAUAUUGGUGUAGGCCCACAGCUUUAGCCUGCUUGGUUUGGCUGGAGACAAUGUAUUUGGAUGUGUUUGAUUUAGAGCUAUUAGUGUAUUUAGCUUUCACCACCAUGUCAAGCCAGUGAGGUUUUGUACUAAGCUGUGCUAUUUGUUCAAAGGGCAUAUUAGUUUACCCAAUACAACCCAUGUCUCUGUUACUGCCAUGAGAGAGCUGUGGGCCAGAAUGCAUGAAACCACUGGAUCCAAAGCGCCAAAAUGACUCCACAUGUAGGCAAAUGAGUCCAAGCCACAUUCACUCCCAUCCACCCCACUGUCCUUUGCAGUGCUCUGUUUGGGAUGGAUGGAUGGGAGGAGAAGAGAGUAAGACAGAAGGCUAUUUGAAGACAAUGGAGUGGAAUGGCUUGAGAGAGAGAGAGAGAGACAGAGAGAGCGAGAUAAGAAAAUCAAGUGGGUUUGAAGUUGAGAGGGAGGUCUAUAAGACCGUUAUCACUUUGAGUGGAAUAACAAAGCGAUUGAGUGCGAGAGACAGAAGCGUGCGAGCGUUUCAUAUUAAGCAUGUUUAAUGGAUACAGAGCAGCGGAUGAGAUGUGGGUGGUUGUCAUAGCAACAGGGGAGGUCAGUAGCUGGGACUACUUCCAAAACCCGAGAAAAGUAGAAGAAAUGUUAUGAGGGGAUCCUCGGUACAGAAUUAAACAUGCAAAGAGACGAGUCCUAUUUGUGUUUUCACCUAUUUCAUUGUCUCUCUGUUUUAUGUGGCUCGUUCUCUUCAUCUCUUGCUCUCUGUGUUGGCAUUCUGCUGGCAGCAUGAAGUGUGUUGCAGUGAUUUGGGCUCUGUUUAAAUCAUGCCUUUCUUGUUGUAGAUAAGCCACGUCAGAUUCACAUGUUUUUUUCCAAAAUUGUGAUGGAAGGGGUUCGUGGGUUGGGGCUGAGGGGUGUGUCUGGGUGUUAAUGUCUGGGGUCUCUCAUGGUGUAAUACAGGGCUCCGCUGUUUUGACAGUUCCACUCUCGACGCCCUCCUUCUGGGUGAGCUGCUCCCAAAGGGUGUGCGUCUGCGCGCGCACCUGUGUGUGUGUGCACACAUGUGUGUGUGUGUGCACAUGUGUGUGUGUGUGUACUGUGCGCGCAGGGAGGUGUUAAAUGAUUCAGCAUCUUCGUGUCUGCGUGCCACGGAGGGGGACUCAGAAGGGCACAAGGGCAUAUUUACAGCUUCUGCCUGACUAGCCUCUGUGCCCUGACCGACCCACGCCUCACCGCACAGAGACACCAGAAUGCUUUCAAGGGCAUGCCCCACUAAUGGACCCAUGAGAGGGCUUCAUCUGGCCUGCACAUACCCACACACACUUGUGUCCUCUCUUUCUCUCUCAUACACACAGACGUGGCACAUAACUCACGCUCUUACUCACAGUCAUUGUCUUACAUUUAAAAAUGAAAUGUCACUCUUACCCGGUCCUUCUUCUUACAGUCUCACUCCACACUCGAAGACCAAACCUAUUCCAGUCAGCACCAUCUCUAACCACUCUCUCUCUCUCUGCCUGUAGGACAGUGACAUCCAGAAAAAGAUAGACCAUGAGAUCCGGAUGCGUGACGGGGCCUGUAAGCUGCUGGCUGCCUGCUCCCAGAGAGACCAGGCCCUGGAGGCAGCCAAGAGCCUGCUCACCUGCAACACCCGCAUCAUGGCCUACAUGUCAGAGCUGCAGAGGAUGAAGGAGGCCCAGGUCAUGCAGAGGGUCGCACAAAGGUCAGAUGGCAAAAGGCAAGGGGCAAGGGAGCUAGGUAUUGGGCUGGGUAGGAACUGAGGAACUUACGUUAGGAAUUUAUCGCCGUGUAAAUGCAACUAUCCCCAUAGGGUGAAUGUCUUAAUAUGGUCUGGGUUGGCAAUCGGGUAGGGUUUACAAUUAAAAUUUCCAUUGUUGUCACCCCCCUAUUUCUGUCUCUCCUAGGUCAUCAGACGCAGGGCCCAUGGACGACAGACUACCCUGUAAGGGAAAGGUGGCCAUCUCAGGUAGGCCCCGGUGAUGUGCAUGCGUGUGUGUACAUAUGUGAAAGAGAGAGAUAUUCUGCGACAGACAGCUAGAGAGAGACCAGGUCCUCAUGUCUACCCAAUAGCUGAGCUCCAUGUAGUCCAGUUCAUCAGCCUCAGGCCCUGAUACCCUGCCUCCUCCUCCCAUAUUACGCCAUGUGUCAUUUCCUCAUUAUUGGCCGUGUCCAUGGCGACAUGCGAACAUCCAAUGAGGACCCCCCCCCCCCCCCCUUCGGAUAUGGAGGGGGGGAGGGUAUUGGGGGGUGGAAUUCAGGGGGGGUAAGGGUGGGAUAGGGGGUGAGGGUGAAAGGGGGGUAGAAUUAGGGAGGAAUAGGUUGGGGGUGAGGGGGAGAGAAUGAGGGGGUGAUGAGGGGGGAAUGGGGGGUUUCAGUGAAAGAGGUAAUUAAAGGAUUAUGAUGAACUGCUCUGGCUCAGUGGGAGGACAAGAGGACAGGGGGGGCUGUCUGUCUAUCUGUGUGUCUGGGACUGCUCACAGCUGGAGGGCACACACAGAGGUUGUGAUGUAUCAUUGAUUGACUAAGUAGACAGGAAGCCAUUCAGCUAGUGGCUCAGCACAAAGGCAUACACAAAUGCAUCACACACAAGCACACACAGACACACAGGUAGGCACACACACAUAGAUCACACACCGAGUAUGACAGUGACUGCCUGGUGGGAGGAUAUAAAAGGUCAGGGGUCUUCUACCUCUCGACCUGAGUGUGUGUGUGUGUGUGUGUACGUGCAUGUACUUACCUGCGUGGGUGUGUGUGUGUGUGUGUACGUGCUUGUGCGAGUAUAUGUUACAUUUGGCGGAUUUCACUCGUCUGACUGACUGUCCUUUGCCAUUGCAGACCUGCGGAUCCCACUCAUGUGGAAAGACACCGAGUACUUCAAGAACAAAGGAGGUGAGGAGUCAGUGUGGUAGCACUGGUGUGAAUCAAAUCCUGUGAUAUUAUCCAGCGCUCGAGUUUAUGAUGCGACUCGUCUGAGUGAAGCGAAGUUAAUCAAAUUGAAUUUGGGUAAAGGGGUGUGAAAUCAGGUGCACAUAACUAUGCCGACCUGGGCCCAUACCCACAAAGCCUCUCAGAGUAUGUGUUAGGGCUGGGACGAUACCAGUAUCGCAAUAUUUUUUUCCAUGGCAUAAAUGAAAACACGAAGCAGAUCUAACUCUUUGGUCCUUUAAAAACCUGCUUUAUGUAAACUAUUGUGUGCUAUAGCUUACAAAAUAAAUAAAUGUGACUCUGUAUGACAACAUAAUGAUGUUUGUUUCCAACAUUAGGACUGUUUUCCUAAAGAAGUUAAAUCCACUUCGUGUUUUGUUUCCUUGCCACGGUACGAACAAGUAUCGCGGUACUGGUAUCGUCCCGGCCCUAAUAGGAGUGCUGAUCUAGGAUCAGUUUCGCCUUUUACAUCAUAAUGAUUAACGUUGUAUGGAACUGAUCCAAGAUCAAAAACUUUAAAGUAUAAGAACUGAAGUAAUGAACAUGUAAGCAUAACAGUUCUGCUCUUCUAAAAGGACUUGUAGAUCUUAAGAACUAUACAGCUAUUGAAACAAUGCAGCUCAUUGACAAGCAGACAUUCCUACAGUAAGUAAAGACAGCCCUUUUCUGUUGUCUUUGGCUGUGCUACUGCAGCUUUGGUAUGGUUUAUGUUGACUGCUACAUGUAAGGGUCACGGUACACCACCUUAUAGUAAAAAAUAACACCCAAAUCCUAAGUAAGGUCUGCCCCUCCCCGACAACUGGAAUGAAUUCAUCUGCAUGACCUAAUAGACCUAUACGCAUAUAAAUGAACUCCAGGAGGGACAGGUAGUAGGAGAGUCUAGGUGAAGUUUAAUGAGGCAAUUAGCCAAGGUCGAUAAGUGCUGUGGGAAGAUAACGGAGCCCAAGAGGGCAAGGACACUCGCACACAUACUCACGCACAGGCACACACUCUACAGUCGUGGUCAAAAGUUUUGAGAAUGACACAAAUACUAAUUUUCACAAAGUCUGCUGCCUCAGUUUUGAUGAUGGCAAUUUGCAUAUACUCCAGAAUGUCAUGAAGAGUGAAAAGUUCCUCUUUGCCAUGAAAAUGAACUUAAUCCCCAAAAAACAUUUCCACUGCAUUUCAGCCCUGCCACAAAAGGACCAGCUGCCAACAUGUCAGUGAUUCUCUCGUUAACACAGGUGAGAGUGUUGACGAGGACAAGGUUGGAGAUCACUCUGUCAUGCUGAUUGAGUUAGAAUAACAGAGUGGAAGCUUUAAAAGGAGGGUGGUGCUUGAAAUCAUUGUUCUUCCUCUGUUAACCAUGGUUACCUGCAAGGAAACACGUGCCGUCAUCAUUGCUUUGCACAAAAAGGGCUUCACAGGCAAGGAUAUUGCUGCUGGUAAGAUUGCACCUAAAUCAACCAUUUAUCGGAUCAUCAAGAACUUCAACGGAGAGAGGUUCAAUUGUUGUGAAGAAGGCGUCAGGGUGCCCAAGAAAGUCCAGCAAGCGCCAGGACCGUCUCCUAAAGUUGAUUCAGCUGCGGGAUCAGGGCACCACCAGUGCAGAGCUUGCUCAGGAAUGGCAGCAGGCAGGUGUGAGUGCAUCUGCACGCACAGUGAGGCGAAGACUUUUGGAGGAUGGCCUGGUGUCAAGAAGGGCAGCAAAGAAGCCACUUCUCUCUAGGAAAAACAUCAGGGACAGACUGAUAUUCUGCAAAAGGUACAGGGAUUGGACUGCUGAGGACUGGGGUAAAGUCAUUUUCUCUGAUGAAUCCCCUUUCUGAUUGUUUGGGGCAUCUGGAAAACACCUUGUCCGGAGAAGACAAGGUGAGUGCUACCAUCAGUCUUGUGUCAUGCCAACAGUAAAGCAUCCUGACACCAUUCAUGUGUGGGGUUGCUUCUCAGCCAAGGGAGUAGGCUCACUCACAAUUUUGCCUAAGAACACAGCCAUGAAUAAAGAAUGGUACCAACACAUCCUCCGAAAGCAACUUCUCCCAACCAUCCAAGAACAGUUUGGUGACGACCAAUGCCUUUUCCAGCAUGAUGGAGCACCUUGCCAUAAGGCAAAAGUGAUAACUAAGUGGCUCGGGGAACAAAACAUAGACAGUUUGGGUCCAUGGCCAGGAAACUCCCCAGACCUUAAUCCCAUUGAGAACUUGUGGUCGAUCCUCAAGAGGCGGGUGGACAAACAAAAACCCUCCAAGCAUUGAUUUUGCAAGAAUGGGCUGCCAUCAGUCAGGAUGUGGCCCAGAAGUUAAUUGACAGCAUGCCAGGGCGGAUUGCAGAGGUCAUGAAAAAGAAGGGUCAACACUGCAAAUAUUGACUCUUUGCAUAAACUUAAUGUAAUUGUCAAUAAAAGCCUUUGACACUUAUGGAAUGCUUGUAAUUAUACUUCAGUAUACCAUAGUAACAUCUGACAAAAAUAUCUCAUAACACUGAAACAGCGAACUUUGUGGAGACCAAUACUUGUCAUUCUCAAAACGUUUGACCACGACUGUACACUCAUGCACACACUCACACAUACUCUCUCACUAUGUCUCUCUCUCUUUCCCUCAGAGCUGCAUCGGUGUGCAGUGUUCUGUCUGCUCCAGGUGGGAGGGGAGAUUCACGACACAGACAUGGUGAUGGUGGACCGAACACUCACCGACAUCUGCUUUGACAACACCAUCGUCUUGUACGUCUUCUCUUUCGGUUGGCUUGUGUUGUCUUAUGCUGCGUUUACACAGGCUGCCCAAUUCUGAACUUUUGCCCAAUUAUUGGCAAAAGAGCUGAUCUGAUUAGUCAAAAGACCAAUUAGUGGAAAAAUAUCAGAAUUCGGCUUCCUGUGUAAACGCAGCCUUACUGUCUUAUCUUUCCCAUGGUAAGUGUUUGGUGUUUAUAAGUGCAUGCUUGUACGGAGAUACAUGUAUACAGUUUCAAAUCAUGUAUCAGUACCUGAUUCUGUAUAUACAGUGCAUUCAGAAAGUAUUCAGACCCCUUGACCUUUUCCACAUUUUGUUACGUUAAAGCCUUAUUCUAAAAUUGAUUCAAACGUUUUUUUCCCAUCAUCAAUCUACACACAGUACCCCAUAAUGUCAAAACAAAAAAUUGAAAUAUCACAUUUACAUAAGUAUUCAGACCCUUUAAUCAGUACUUUGUUGAAGCACCUUUGGCAGCGAUUACAGCAUUGAGUCUUCUUGGGUGUGACGCUACAAGCUUGGCACACCUUUAUUUGGGGAGUUUCUCCCAUUUUUCUCUGCAGAUCCUCUCAAACUCUGUCAGGUUGGAUGGGGAGCGUCACUGCACAGAUAUUUUCAGGUCUCUCCAGAGAUGUUCGAUCGAGUUCAAGUCCGGGCUCUGGCUGGGCAACUCAAGGACAUUCAGAUACUUGUCCCGAAGUCACUCCUGCAUUGUCUUGGCUGUGUGCUUAGGGUCAUUGUCCUGUUGGAAGGUGAGUCUUCGCCCCAGUCUGAGGUCCUGAGCGCUCUGGAGCAGGUUUUCAUCAAGGACCUCUCUUUACUUUGCUCCAUUCAUCUUUCCCUCAAUCCUGACUAGUCUCCCAGUCCCUGCCACUGAAAAACAUCCCCACAGCAUGAUGCUGCCACCACCAUGCUUCACAGUAGGGAUGGUGCCAGGUUUCCUCCAGAUGUGACGCUUGGCAUUCAGGCCAAAGAGUUCAAUCUUGGUUUCAUCAGACCAGAGAAUCUUGUUUCUCAUGGUCUGAGAGUCUUUAGGUGCCUUUUGGCAAACUCCAAGUGGGCUGUCAUGUGCCUUUUACUGAGGAGUGGCUUCCAUCUGGCCACUCUACCGUAAAGGCCUGAUUGGUUGAGUGCUACAGAAAUCUUUUAGUACCCUUCCCCAGAUCUGUGCCUCAACACAAUCCUGUCUCGGAGCGCUACAGACAAUUCCUUCGACCUCAUGGCUUGGUUUUUACUCUGACAUGCACUGUCAACUGUGGGACCUUAUAUAGACAGGUGUUUGCUUUUCCAAAUCAUGUCCAAUCAAUUGAAUUUACCACAGGUGGACUGCAAUCAAGUUAUAGAAACAUCUCAAGGAUGAUCAAUGGAAACAGGAUGCGCCUGAGCUCAAUUUCGAGACUCAUAGCAAAGGGUCUGAAUACUUAUGUAAAUAAGGUAUUUCUAUUUUUAAUACAUUUGCUACAAUUUCUAAAAACCUGUUUUUGCUUUGUCCUUAUGGGGUAUUGUGUGUAGAUUGAUGAGGAAAAACAUUAAUUUAAUCAAUUUUAGAAUAAGGCUGUAACGUAACAAAAUGAGGAAAAAGUCAAGUGGUCUGAAUACUUUCCAAAGGCACUUUAUAAGUAUGUGUUUGCUGUGCGUGCCCGUGCGUUACUUUUUCCUUUUCAAUGCAUGUGUAACAGUGUAUCUCUAUGUGUGUUUCUUUGGCUGUGUAUAGUAGCGAGGCCAGCCCUGGCUUCGAGCUGCGAGUUGAGCUGUACAGCUGCUGUUCGGAGGAGGACUACUCGGCAGGGAGCACGUCCAGGAAACUAGCCAGCAAACUGAGCAGCUCUCUGGGCCGCUCGGCAGGAAAAAAGCUCCGUGUUGCCAUGGACCCUGGAGCCUGCAGCCCCACCAGCAAUGGAGGGGGAGCCACACUACUGCUACCUGUACCUACAGUGGCGUAAGUGGGUUUUGUUGUAUACACGUCAAUGCUCACACACUACAAUAGCUAGAUAUUCACACACACACACACACUGAUAUGCAUUUCCAUGCAUACACAGAGGCACAAUUCUGAUAUUUUGCCCAAUUAGAACAAUUAGUGGUAAAAUAAUCAGCCAAAAACACCCACACAAAGUCACUGGGGGACACACAGAGACACGUGUGCAUUUAUCCCACAGUCACACAGCUCACCAAUGUCUCUGUUCUGUCCACAGGGGACCUAAGUACCACCUCCUGGCCCACACCUCCCUGUCACUGUCACAUGUCCAGGACAGCUUCCGCACUCACGACCUCAGCAUCUCAGGCAACGGUAGGUCACAGUCUGGAUGUGGUUUAUCCAUCUACAGUACUCAUGGGCGAUUUUGCUUUCGAUCUCUUUCUUUCUUUCCCUCUGUGUCAGUCUCUCUGUCUCUGUGUCUCUCUCUCUCUCCCUCCCUCCCUCUCUCCCAGCAGGUAUCUAGCUGACAGACAGCCAGUCAGAGUCAAGGUCAUAGUAGGAAAGCACUCUCUAGCAGGGUCAGUGCUGUGUAAAACUAAUGAUGAGGGCUACAGGGGACUAGACACCCUGACAUGUGCUGCUGCUUUAUUCGUUGCCCCUUACGGCUGUAAUAAAGUUUGAUGGGCACUUCACUGUUGUUCACAGCUCUCCCUGCAGCUGUGAGACUUUUAUUCCCUGCUAUUCCUGGUGGUUUGUUUGUGUGUGUGUGUGUGUGUGUGUGUGCGCGUGCGGUACAUGUUCAUUGUAUUUAGUUUCUCAACCCUCAUUCAUCCCUUUCUUUCUUUCUCCAUCCAUCCCCCUCUCUUUCUCUCCCUGCAGAGGAGUGUCCGUACUGGGUGCCUCUCUACGGCAGCAUGUGUUGUCGUCUGGCUGCUCAGCCUCACUGUAUGACCCAGCAGAUGAUGAGCGGCUGCUUGAAGGUCAAGGUGAGUGUCUGUGUGUGUGCGCGUGAAUUUGCAUGUGUGUGUUUGGUAGGAUAGCAAGGUAUGUGCGCAGGGCUCUAAAGUGCGACAAAAUAUUUUGCUGUGCAACCCCCAUUAAAUCCAAUCUACUGUAUAUAUUUUUUGAUAAUAAUUGUUAUAAUGAUAAGGUUUCGCAUUACCGUUGUUUCCCGAGCGCAGAUUCGUUAGCGGCGUGCUUGCACCAUUACUGCUUGUUUCUAGUCCAAACGGUUCAAAAGAUCUGUCCCAUAUUACUGGCGCAACGGUUUUUUCUUCCUGUCAAGGAUUGGGGGCCUGCAUUUUACUUUCUAAAACCGUUCUGAAACUAUUCGGGGGUCGUUAACCAUUUGUUUUACACCUUUUUCAGUCAUGUUUGUUUCCUCAUUAGCUAGCUAGCUAACAACCUGGUAACUUUACCAGUAUAUUCAAACAUUUGGGGGCACAGAAAGAAAGGAAAAGGGAUAUCUUCCUCAGGAGAUCAAUGAUCAUAGCAAUUAAUUAAUGACAGAUCUCUUGCAUGUCCUCAUCACAAACUUGACACUCUUAAAGAGACAGUGUAAAAUGUUCAAUGUAAUGCAUUGCAAUAGGAAAAUAGUCAUUUUACAUAAUGUAGAAAUCUAAUGUUCCACAAAUGACUUUUUAAUUUAAAUGACAGGUAAUUGUAUCAACAUUUUAGCUUUUUAUAAUAAACAAAUGUAUUUGCAGGGUUGCAUAUUAGUUUCUAGGGCGCAACGUGCUUCAGAAGUAGCUAGAAUACGUAUAGGCUAUAUCUCUCUAACUUUUUUACAUUGGGAGCACCAGUGCUACCAAUGAUAAAUGUUCAUUUAGAGCCCUGCCAUGUGCGUGAGCACAGGAAGUUGGAGCUGGAUUAUUUUUUUCCUCUUUUGCCCCUUUGUCUUUCAUUCCUUUUCUCUCUCUCUCUCUCUCUCUCUCUCUCUCUCUCUCUCUCUCUCUCUCUCUCUCUCUCUCUCUCUCUCUCUCUCUCUCUCUCUCUCUCUCUCUCUCUCUCUCUCUCUCUCUCUCUCUCUCUCUCUCUCUCUCUGUCUCUGUCUCUGUCUCUGUCUCUGUCUGUCUGUCUGUCUGUGUGUAAUUAGCUUCUCUGUCUCUCAAAGCAGUUGGGAGGUGACCCUCAGAGUUGGACCAAUGUCUACGGCGUCCUUAAAGGGACAAACCUUUUCUGUUACCACCGGCAAGAGGAUAUGGAGGCUAACGUCGAGCCAGCCUUUACCAUUGCCAUCAACAAAGUCAGUUUAUGAAAAAAAGAACUUUACCACAUACACACACUCUCAACAUGAAACAAAAAAGCAUGCUAGCUACACUACACAUAUAGGGAUUAUCUGAUCUUGUAAUGCCACCUCUCUUAUUAUUUGUGAUGUCUUCUUAUAGGGGGUAUCUGCAGUUCAAAUAUCAAAGCGGAUAUAUUCUUCAAGAAUCAAUCGGUGUAUAUACAGUAUAAUUAUUUAAACGUCCAUAAAAGGAUGUACCAAUUGCAGAUUGGCCCUUUUAAAGGUGAGACGCUAACGUCAUAUACAAGCUAGGGCUGGGUGAUAUGGCCUAAAAAUUAUCUCUAUUUUUUCAAACAUAUGGGCGAUUCACUAUAUAUAUCUCGAUUUUUUAAAACAUGUUUUCUCUAAAUAAGCUUUGUUGUACAAUUAAAGGUCAAAUAAACUGCAUUUCAAACAGUCAGCAAUAAUCUUAUGAAUUCAGGGCUUGUGAAAUUAUACCUAGGCUAACUAGAAGCCUUCCACAACCAUAAGACCCACUAAUAAUUGUAUUAUUUCAUCAAAAUAGUUUAACCUGCUUUUUUGCAAUAAUCACUGAUCUGGCUUUCAAGUUUGUCUAUGAAAUCCCCUUUUGUUACACAUUUGACCAGAACCAUGCAUAAUGCACAUUCACUUCUUGUAGCAGGCAUUAUAGAAAAUGUACACAGGUCUCAUAUAAACAAUCUCUCAAUCACAAGCCCACAAGCUAAUCUUUAUAUUUAAAGCCAACUUGGAUCUAUUUGCUAGCUAACAAGGCAGAAGAGUUGAAUUGUAAUGAACUCACCCUUCUGUCAGUCUCCAACUGUUUGAACAGCAUGCUAGACUGUCCACUUUGUUCAGAUGUUGAAAUCAAGUGGCCUGCCUUACUUCUCCGAAUAAGAAUGAGUUUCCAAUUCCUUAUGUAAUUGUGUGUUAUGCUUAUUGCUAAUUUAUAAAACACAGACUAGACUGCUAGUAUAACAGUCUUUGUCUAAAAUGCUGCUAGCGGUACCACAAUGCCGCGCGCGACAAACUGAGCAUUAAUUUUCCAGAAUUAAUGUUCAUUGAUACUCCCGUUUUAGUAGUCUGCUCUGCGUGCAAUUUGAGCAGUUGAGACAUAAAAAGGGCAUUGUUAGGAAGGUUAACUUCUCCUCUAUUACAGUAAAAUAAUGUCUCAAUAUGUUUCGUUGUCCAUAUGACCGAUUCUGUUGGACCAAACCUCAAAUGCCAAUAGCGAGUUGAAACUGCUUGUCAGAGAGGAAGAAGUGAUCUCUCAUAUUUGUUGUGUGAGUGGCAGGGGGAGGGGCUUGGUGUGUGUGUGUGUGUGUAAACCGAGAGAAAGAGGAGAAGCGAGAGGUUUCACUCUCGCCAACAUCUGUCCAAAAUUAGACCAAUACGUUUCUAUGGGCUUAUUUUGGAACUAAGCUUGUCGCCUGCCUUCGCGCCUUUGGGACAAUGGCUUCCAUUGUUCGGGCAGAGACAUAAGCAUCUCGUCAUUAUAUACAGACCUCUGGUGUAAAUGGGAAGGUGCACACAGCACAGAAGGAGCAAAGGAGACAAGACCAAAAAUACAACAUGAGAACAAGAGGACAUACAGUGCAUUCGGAAAGUAUUCAGACCCCUUGACUUUUCCCACAUUUUGUUACGUUCCAGCCUUUUUUUCCCCUCCUCAUCAAUCUACACACAAUAACCCAUAAUGACAAAGCAAAAACAGGUUUUUAGAAAUGUUUGCAAAUUUAUGAAAAAAAACAACUUAAAUAUUACAUUUGCAUAAGUAUUCAGACCCUUUAUUCAGUACUUUGUUGAAGCACCUUUGGCAGCGAUUACAGCCUCGAGUCUUCUUGGGUAUGACACUACAAGCUUGGCACACCUGUAUUUGGGGAGUUUCUUCCAUUCUUCUCUGCAGAUCCUCUCAAGCUCUGUCAGGUUGGAUGGGGAGCGUCGCUGCACAGCUAUUUCCAGGUCUCUCCAGAGAUGUUCGAUCGAGUUCAAGUCUGGGCUCUGGCUGGGCAACUCAAGGACAUUCAAAGACUUCUCCCGAAGCCACUCCUGCAUUGUCUUGGCUGUGUGCUUAGGGUCGUUGUCCUGUUGGAAGGUGAAUCUUCGUCCCCAGUCUGAGGUCCUGAGCGCUCUGGAGCAGGUUUUCAUCAAGGAUCUCUCUGUACUUUGCUCCAUUCAUCUUUCCCUCGAUCCUGACUAGUCUCCCAGUCCCUGCCACUGAAAAACUUCCUCACAGCAUGAUACUGCCACCACCAUGCUUCACAAUAGGGAUGGUGCCAGGUUUCCUCCACAUAUGACGCUUGGCAUUCAGGCCGAAGAGUUCAAUCUUGGUUUCAUCAGACCAGAGAAUCUUGUUUCUCCUGGUCUGAGAGUCCUUUAGGUGCCUUUUGGCAAACUCCAAGCGGGCUGUUAUGUGCCUUUUUAGUGAGGAGUGGCUUCCGUCUGGCCAUUACCAUAAAGGCCUGAUUGGUGGAGUGCUGCAGAGAUGGUUGUCCUUCUGGAAGGUUUUCCCAUCUCCAUAGAGUCACCUCCCUGACCAAGGCCCUUCUCCCCCGAUUGCUCAGUUUGGCCGGGCGGCCAGCUCUAGGAAGAGUCUUGGUGGUUCCAAACUUCUUCCAUUUACCUUCAGUGCUGCAGAAAUGUUUUGGUACCCUUCCCCAGAUCUGUGCCUCGACACAAUCCUGUCUCGGAGCUCUAUGGACCAUUCCUUCGACCUCAUGGCUUGGUUUUUGCUCUGACAUGCACUGUCAACUGUGGAACCUUAUAUAGACAGGUGUGUGCCUUUCCAAAUUAUGUCCAAUCAAUUGAAUGUACCACAGGUGGACUCCAAUCAAGUUGUAGAAACAUCUCAAGGAUGAUCAAUGGAAACAGGAUGCACCUGAGCUGAAUUUCGAGUCUCAUAGCAAAGGGUCUGAAUACUUAUGUAAAUAAGGUAUAUCUGUUUUUUAUUUGUAAUACAUAUUAAUUUGUUUUUUUUAAAACAACUGUUUUUGCUUUGUCGUUAUGGGGUAUUGUGUGGCGAUUGCAGAGGAUUUUAUUUUAUUUAAUCAAUUUUAGAAUAAGGCUGUAACGUAACAAAAUGUGGAAAAAGUGUAGGGGUCUGAAUACUUUCUGAAUGCACUAUAAAUGCUCCAUAAAAAAUAAAAAAUCUUGUUUCUUGCGAUACAGGCAUUUGGAAUGUCGCGCUAAAACAUACAUUAUAAUUAAUCAAAUUAAUUUAAUAUAUCUCCCAGUCCUAAUACAAGCAGACAGUCUCUCAUAAGAGAGGACUUCAAGGACAGAACUUCUUCCUCUCGUUUCAAUCAGACAUUCAUCCUUGUUGAUCCCUGUGGGCCUUAUUCUUUCUGCUGUCGCUCAUUGAGUCGUGGUGACCCUUGACCCACAGCACAAAGCCCUGUUUUAGCUUCAGGCAGAGACCGUUAAGUCAGCCAACUCUGUGGGAUCAUGCAUUAGUCAGCUGCUCUGACUGCUUUGCUCUCAGGAACAAGGUGAGCCCAGAGUGAGGCUGAACAGGGCGCUGCUACCAUCUACUGGUGGCGAUGAGGAUACACAUUGCCGUACAGUCAUUAUGGUGUGUCCCAAUAAUAUUACUUUUCUCCUGAAAUGUACCCUCCUUCACUACUUCCCAAAGCAUUGGAUUGGAGGAGGCAUUGGCUAUAGGGCAUUUCCACCUGUGCACACUGGGAGGACGGAGAGAUAAUUGGGACGUAGGUGAUAACUGGGACAUAUUAAUGCUUGAGGCUGACUCUACCGGACUUGACUAUGUCAGUGACUGCUCUUUGUGUCAGUAAGUGCAUUCACAAACUGGGUGGACAGAUGUUAAAAGCUUAACUUUAUGCUUAAAUGCUUAUUUUGGGGUGGGUAUUGAAAGAUUUGGUCAAAUUCAACAUCAGUAGCUUAUUGUGUAUCUAUGUUUCUGUGUGUUAGGAGACGAGAAUACGUGCGUCAGAGAAGGACCCCCACAUUAAGGCCCAGAGCAUCUGCAUCAGUAACCAGUACGGGGGAGAGGAGGUGACACAUACACUCUCGGCAGACAGUCGCGAAGAGACACAGCGUUGGAUGGAAGCCUUCUGGCAACAGUUCUAUGACAUGAGUAAUUAAAAAUAAUAAUAAUUACUUAUUUUUAACAAUUAAUUAUUUAAUAAUAGAAACUAUUAAUAAUAAUACAUCUGUAUUUUUUACAUGAGUAAGUAGGUUCUGAUCACAUGAUUAUGGCCCUAGGUUCUUCAUUGGUGAGGUCAGGAGGUAAGAAAAAAACUCCUGAUCCUCCUGGCCUUAGACAUGAUACACACUUUACACUCUAGGUCCUUAUAUGCUCUUGUUCAUGUGCUCCUUUGCUCCUGAUGUGUUGUUAGUGGUUUUCUCAGCUCUUGAUUGGAUGUUUGAAGGUGAUUGACGGCUUCCUUCUUCCCUGCAGGCCAAUGGAAGCAGUGCUGUGACGACUUGAUGAAGAUUGAGCUGCCAUCACCCCGGAAACCAGCCCUUGUCACGUCGAAACAGGGUUCUCUUUACCACGAAAUGGGUAAGACAGCAACCCAAAUGGAUCCAGAGACUGUUACUAUAUUGUCCAAAAUACGUUUACAUGAUUCAGUAAGACAUUUUUGACACUUGAGGGUCUCUUUUUGCUUUUAUUCAAUUGUAUUAAAUCUAGAACAUACAGUAGGGUAACAUAAUAUUUCGUAUAGGUUUAGGUUCGCGUAAAUAAUAGGUUAAAAGGUUUACAAAAAAAAACAAAUAAAACAAUGAACGAUAUAAGCAGAUGAUGACAGUCCCCUUUCCUUAACUGCAUGUUGUGUUUCUGACUAGUUGUUCUAACAGUGGUGUGGUCCUUGAGCUCUCCAUCAGACUCUACUCUGAGCUACCUGCUGCCUCACUAGCACACCGACCAACCUCUCUGUACUUUACUAUGGAUGGAAGUGUUCCUUUCUCUGACAUGCUGCUGACUCACUUUCUUUCUCUCUUCCUCUCUUCCUUUCUCCCUCUCCUUGUGUGUCUUUACAUUUUUGGCUAUCACUGUCCCACAUCCCCUCCCUGCCACUCUCCCUUGUUCCUGUGAUGAAAUUACACCCCCCCCCCCACAUUUUUUCCCACCAAUAUCAUUAUUUAUCCUCCGUCAUUGUUAAUUGUACACUCCAAUCGAAUGCUAAUCUUCAUAUAUUCAAAAUUAACGUAUUUUUACCUUGUCAUGCACAUCAUUUCAUUCCCCAAAUGAUAUAUCGCCAUUAUAUUUUACUGCCCGUCAAUGUACAUAAUACCUGCCCACCACCCCAUGGGUUGCCCCCCUCCCCAUGGAUCCUAGCCCCCCUCACCUCCCCCUCUUGUGAGGGUCUCUUGCUGCAGGAUAACGCUGUGUCUGCUGAGAUUCGUGCUCUGCUCUCCUCCUAUUACAACGACAGGUGAAGUACCAGUGGGGUCCACUCCCCCCCCUGUACUGGGCUCUCCUACCUACUGAGGAGUGUUGAAGCUGGCAUCCCUCCUCAACUACCACCACCAAGUCUAGGCCUACCCUUCUCUAAACUGUACUCAACUGUCUCAACUUUAUUAGCAUAGUCUGUCCUUCCACAGUAGAAUAAUGACUUUCCUCUGCUCCUCCUAGUUAUUGACACCUCUGAUGACAUCAGCACGGUGACGGACAUCCUGACACGGCGGAUGCAGGAGCUGGAGCUGAGGAGCCAGCUGGGGACCUGUCCUCCCUGGAUGUCCCUGUUCGAGGAUUCUCCUGGUGGGACCCGCACCCCUCGGCUGGCCCGCCACAGCCCCCGCUCCCCCCACCGCCUCCCCCACAGCCCACUGAGCCCCCUGCGCUGCCCUUGGCCCGGCCUGCUCUCCUCAGAUGCCAGCCUGACCUCGGACAGCGACAGCCCCUGCAGCACCAGCCCCUGCUUCCGCCACCACGGCUGGGCCGAACCACUCCCCCUCUCCUCCCCCUCCUCCCACUUCCGCCCCCGCACCCUCUCCCUGGACGCCAAGCUCAGCACUCUCAGGGGCAGGGGGUAUGUGGGGGUGUUACAGUGCUCCUGUCAGCCCCCUUCCUCCUCCUCCCUCGCCCCCAUCCCGGACCAAUGCGUCCCCCAGGCCACCCUGUCCUGCUCCAGCUCCACCUCCAGUAACGGCUCCAGCGAGGGCAGCCACAGCCCUUCCUCGUUGGAUGGUACCCCUUUCUCACGCCCCUCCUCAGCCCGCCGGAGCCUCAGGAACCUGAGAGCCAAACUGGACCCCCGAAAUUGGCUCCAGAGCCAG